AUGGACAUCACCAACCAUGAAGGCAGAGCUGUACCUUUGGCACCAGUUCAUACAAUUCUCAUCUGUCCAACAGCGGAUUACAAGGCUCCGAACUAUAUCUGCUAUGACUACGUUUGUCAAUACUGUCCCAAGGGAGACCAAGGAGCUCAAGUCCUUUACUAUCCACAAGAAGCCGUUGAUUCACAUCAGAAUGGCCCACGAGUAUAUACUCGCUUUUACCACGAUCAUAGGUAUCAGGUGUAUGCUACCAAUGAAUAUGAAAUGCCUCCUCAGCAUUCUAAAGCUAAAAUCUGUCACUUUUGGUGUCAACAUGAGGUUAGUCCGAGCCCAACUGCCAUCCCUUGCUGUAUGCCUAUAAAUACUGAUUGA